AUGGAUGUGUUUAUUGUGAAUGAUAUCGUCGACUAUCAAUCUGUUAUUUCGAAUUUGUUUAUUAGAUCUGUCAAUUUACCAUACGAAACCUAUGUGUCUUCUAGCUUAGUACAGUAUUCGAACAUUACUCAUCAGGUUUCGUUCACUUUACAAGAUAAUGCUAUUCGCCAGUUGUUGAAUCAGUUCUCUCCAUUCAAAUUCAACAUCACUGCUGUGGAUCAAGUAUCAUCAUUCACCUGUUCGGUUUCUGUCUAUUUUAAUGAUUAUAAUAUUCCUCCCGUUGCCCUGGAUUCUGCUUUUGAGUUACCUUUAUACUCACCCAAGUACUCAUCAUUGGGCUAUGUUGUUGCAUAUGAUGUUGAUUAUAACCAAUCUUUGCAUUUUUCCAUUCUCAAUGAUUCCGUUUAUUCUGCUUUCUUUGCUGUGAAUGAUACUACCGGAGAGAUUGUUUUACUAGAUAAUAAUGUAUUUGCCAAGUCGUUUACGGAUUGUACUUUAACGGUGUUGGUGGAGGAUGAUGGCAUACCAGCAUUGAAUGAUACAUGUUCUAUUUACAUUCACAUCGUUGAUCCUGUCAGUAUUCCAAUUGAGAUUAUUCAUUAUACCAAUGUUACAAUUGAAGAAAACAAUGAUCCGAACACUAUCAUCGAUAAUGUCCUUGUUGUUAAUGAUUCUAGAUUAACCUCAGUUAGUUUCCAUUACGAAUCUUCCGUUAUGUCUAUAAGAGCGAAUGGCUCUCUCUUUAUUCAUGAAUCACUUAAUUACGAGCAUCAAUCGCUCUAUGAAUGUCUGGUUCUUGUUUAUCUUGCCAAUUCUCAUGUCCCUGUGGCGAUGGUCCCGUUAUUUGUGUUUGUGGUGGAUAUAUCCUUUAUUAUCAAUAAUGCCAUUUUGUUUCUUGACUUCACGUUAAUGAACCUCCCACUAUAG